AUGGGGGGUUUGGAUAAGCAAGUAUCAUUCAUCAAUGGUGAUUUUAUGCACCCGGACUUCCCUAAAAGCACAUUCGACGCGGUCUACGCUAUAGAAGCAACAGUCCACACCCCUAAUCUCCAGGAUGUCUACAGGCAGAUUUUCAACGUCCUCAAACCAGGCGGCCGCUUCGACGUAUACGAAUGGGCCAUGACAGAUCGAUUUGACGGGUCCAACUCAGAACACUGCCCUAUUUGCCUUGUCAGAGUUAUUCAGGCUGCUGGCUUCGUCCUCGAAUACGAGGACGGCCUUGCUGAGCGGUCCGACCCCGCCCCGUGGUAUUACCCGAUUGCGGGAGGGUGGCAGCACGCCAGAGCUCUGUGGGAUAUGUUCACAAUGCUGAGCAUGACUAGAUUCUGUAGAAGGGCUAUGGGAAGUUUGCUGUGGAUAGCGCCACAAGGGGCGGCGGAGGUAGCUAGUGAGCUUGUCGCUAGAGCAGAUAACCUCGUUAAGGACGAAAACCUAGGCCUGUUUACCCCAAUAUGGCUGGGGAUAAACGGGCGACUCGAGAUGGAUGGCACCAUUAUUCUCACCGGUGCAUCUGGCGGGUUGGGCCAGGGGCUUGCAAAGAAGCUGCUACGUCGCCCCGAGUCGUAUACGCUCAUCUUCCCUGUCCGCAAUAGGAAAAAUGCGCACGCGGUCAAGCUGCAAAAAUUGGUCGACUCUCUGGCCAGUGGUAGCCACAUAACGAGUAUGCCACAAGUCGACCUCGCCUGCUUUGACUCCAUCCGAGCUUUUGCCUCUGACGUCAAAAGCAAAGUGUCGACUGGUGCGAUCCCCCCCAUCCGCGCACUUGUCCUGAACGCGGCCUUUUUCUAUGAGCCAAACGGCCUUCAGUUCACAAAGGGGGAACAGCAGCCACCAUUCGAGAUGCAUUUUGCCGUUAACCACCUAGCCAACGUUCUUCUCUCGCUCCUCCUGCUCGGUUCGAUGGACAGGCAGCACGGCAGGAUCGUAUAUACGUCCAGCUGGGCACAUGAUAUCCACAGGCCAGAGAACAAGCGCUUUGGACCAGAGAAACUACCGUGGGACGUGGCAGAUUUGGCGCAUCCGGAUAUGCACAAGCAGGACCAAGAAAAAGAUCUAGCUGGGGAAGCUAUGCGGCGAUAUGGUGCUUCCAAAUUAGCCCUCAUUACCUUUAUGCACGCAUUGAGGAAGCGUCUUGAUAAGACACCAGACUUGGAAAAUAUCAGCAUCAUCGGUGUCGACCCCGGUGCAAUGGUGCAUGAGACUCUAGCUGAAAAAGGUUCAUGGGCUGAUCGAAUUUUCCUAGUGCCGUUAUUUCAGGCAUAUACGCGAUUUGUAGCGCAUUAUCUUUGGCCCAACGGGAUGUUUCGGACUGUUAAGAAAUCUGCACAGGAUUUGCUCCGGGUGGCUCUGGAGUCCGAUGCUUCUUGGAAAAACUCCAAGGAAACAUACUUUAACGGGAGUAAGUUAGCUGAGACUGGGGUAGAAUCCAAGGACCCAGGAAGGCAAAAGGAGCUGUGGGAGUUGAGCUUGCGGUAUGUAGAGUUGGAGGAGGACCAGACAGCAUUGGCGCUUCUCUAG